AUGAGCAGCAUUAAGGAAAUCUUAAAGGACAAGAAUAAACUUAAAAAAAUUACUGAAGCAGCCUUCAAGGCAGUUGAUAUUGAUAGCUCUGGCUACUUGGAAAAAGUUGAACUUGAAAAGGUAAUGAUCAAUGUUGCUAUAGAUAUCGGUGUUGAAAUACCUAGCAAGGAAGAAGUCGAAGAAGUGCUUAAAGAGCUUGAUGAAGAUGGUGAUGGCAAGCUUUCUCAAGAAGAAUUUUAGGUUCUUAUUGUAUAAGUUCUUGAAAUGAUGGCUAAUGCUGAUGUCUAAUGA